AUGAGGAUCCAUGUUCAACCCCCAGUGAGUCGACGCCCAGGAGGAGGCGCCAACCUCCUCACCGUGGAGGCGCUACGGCAACACCUGGACUCCGCCCUCAAGGCGAGCAGAGUGCAAGUUUACAUGUACAACAGACAAUGGAAUUUGGAACAUUUAUGCUACAAAUCAGGAGAACUAGUUACAGAAGCAAACGUCAUGGACCAGAUUAUUGAAAAAUUAUAUCCAUGUUUAAUAAUCACUCCACUGGAUUGCUUCUGGGAGGGUGCAAAACUCCACUCAGGAAUGUUUUAUCUACCGUAUUGGCGCUUUGGUUACCGGAGUCUGGGGGCCACUCAGCGCCGUGGUCUGACCGGAGCGGACUUGACCCUGAGUCCUGGGGGACCUGCGGCGUCUGAACUGGGCGGACGCGGAGAGUGCGAGCCGGUCGGUCACGGGUACAUGGACCGGCCCUGCCUGAACCCGGCCGACCCGGACUGCCCGCCCACCGCGCCCAACAAGAACGCCACGCGGCCGUACGACAUCGCGCGCGUGCUCACGGGCGGCUGCCACGGCCUCUCCAGGAAGUACAUGCACUGGCAAGAGGAGCUGAUUGUGGGCGGAGCCAUCAAGAAUGGCAGCGGCCAACUCUUGAGUGCUCAGGCCCUGCAGACCAUGUUCCAGCUGAUGACUCCUAAGCAGAUGUAUGAACACUGGAAGGUCUACAGCGACGUCUCCCUCAUCAACUGGAACCAGGAGAAAGCGGCCGCCAUCCUGGAGGCCUGGCAGCGCCGGUACUCUGAGGCUGUGCAGCAGAGUGUCUCCAUUAACUCCUCCCAGAAGGUGCUCACUUUCACGACUACUACCUUAGAGGACAUCCUCAAGUCCUUCUCUGACAUCAGCGUGAUCCGCGUUGCCAGCGGUUACCUGCUCAUGCUCGCCUACGCCUGCCUCACCAUGCUGCGAUGGGACUGUGCCAAAUCCCAGGGUGCCGUUGGGCUGGCGGGCGUCCUGCUGGUGGCGCUGUCCGUGGCGGCCGGACUCGGGCUCUGCUCCCUGCUCGGCAUCUCCUUCAACGCCGCCACCACUCAGGUACCGCCCUUUGCCCUUCUUGCCCUCGUCGGGGUGGACGACGUCUUCCUCCUGGCCCACGCCUUCAGCGAGACGGGCCAGAACAAACGCAUUCCGUUUGAGGACCGGACGGGGGAGUGUCUGAAGCGGACUGGAGCCAGUGUGACCCUGACCUCCAUCAGUAACGUCACUGCCUUCUUCAUGGCUGCACUCAUCCCCAUCCCAGCACUGAGAGCCUUCUCCCUGCAGGCGGCGGUUGUGGUCGUGUUCAACUUCGCCAUGGUCCUGCUCAUCUUCCCCGCCAUCCUCAGCAUGGACCUGUACCGCAGGGAGGAGCGACGCUUCGACAUCUUCUGCUGCUUCGUCAGCCCGUGCGCUAACCGGGUGAUCCAGAUGGAGCCUCAGGCCUGCCUGGACGGCCUGAGCAGGAGCCGCUACAGCCCGCCCCCCUCCUACGUCACCCCGCCCCCUUCCUACGUGACCCCGCCCCCCUCCUACAGCAGCCACAGCUUUGCGCAGCAGACGCAGAUCACCAUGCAGUCGACGGUGCAGCUGCGCACCGAGUACGACCCCCGCACGCAGGCCUACUACACCACCGCCGAGCCGCGCUCGGAGAUCUCCGUGCACCCGCUGCCCGUCCCCGCCCCCGGCCCCGCCCCCGCCGCCGCCGCCGCCGCCUCCAACCUCAACAACAACAGCGCCGGCCCCCGCGCUGGCGCCCCCCCCGCCCGGGCCCCGGGCCCCGACGCCGUCAGCUGCCACACGCCGGAGAACUCCAGCUCCACCCGGGACCUGCUGUCGGGCCCCCCCGAGCCCGCCCUGCGCUGCCUGGAGCCGCCCUGCUCCCGCUGGACCUUCGCCUCCUUCGCCGAGAAGCACUACGCUCCCUUCCUGCUGCAGCCCACCACCAAGGUGGUGGUCAUCGUCCUGUUCGUGGCGCUGCUGGGCGUGAGCCUGUACGGGACCACGCGCGUGCGCGACGGCCUGGAGCUGACGGACAUCGUGCCGCGCGAGACCAGCGAGUACGACUUCAUCGGCGCCCAGUUCCGCUUCUUCUCCUUCUACAACAUGUACGUGGUGACGCAGCGCGCCGACUACGCCCGCCAGCAGCCGCUGCUCUACGCCCUGCACCGCCGCUUCGCCUCCGUCAAGUACAUCCUGCGCCAGGACGGCGGCCGCCUGCCCCACAUGUGGCUGCACUUCUUCAGAGACUGGCUGCUAGGUCUCCAGCAGGCUUUUGAUCGCGACUGGGAGGCCGGCAGGAUCACGCAGGCCAGCUACAGGAACGGCUCGGACGACGGCGUCCUGGCCUACAAGCUACUGGUGCAAACCGGCCGGAGGGAUAAGCCCGUCAACAUGAACCAGCUGAGACGGCAGCGGCUGGUGGACGCGGACGGGAUCAUUAACCCCGCGGCGUUCUACGUCUACCUGUCGGCCUGGGUGAGCAACGACCCCGUGGCCUACGCCGCCUCACAGGCCAACAUCCGGCCCCACCCGCCCGAGUGGCUCCACGACCGCACCGACUCCAUCCAGGAGACCCGGCUCAGCAUCCCCGCGGCUGAGCAGAUCGAGUAUGCACAGUUCCCGUUCUACCUCAACGGUCUUCGUGAGACGGCCCAGUUCGUGGAGGCCAUCGAGAGCGUGCGGGCCAUCUGCACCAACUACAGCCUGCAGGGCCUGCCCAGCUACCCCAACGGCUACCCGUUCCUGUUCUGGGAGCAGUACGUGGGCCUGCGCCACUGGCUGCUGCUCUCGAUCAGCGUGGUGCUCUUCUGCACCUUCCUGGUGUGCGCCCUGUUCCUGCUCAACCCCUGGACCGCCUGCAUCAUCGUGCUGGUCCUGUCUCUGAUGACGGUGGAGCUGUUCGGGAUGAUGGGGCUCAUCGGCAUCAAGCUGAGCGCCGUUCCCGUGGUGAUCCUCAUCGCCUCCGUGGGGAUCGGGGUGGAGUUCACCGUGCACGUGGCGCUGGCCUUCCUGACGGCGAUCGGAGAUCGGACCCGGCGGGCGGUGCUGGCGCUGGAGCACAUGUUCGCCCCGGUCCUGGACGGCGCCUUCUCCACCCUGCUGGGGGUCCUCAUGCUGGCGGGGUCCGAGUUUGACUUCAUCGUCAGGUAUUUCUUCGCUGUGCUGACCAUACUCACGGUUCUGGGAGUGCUGAACGGGCUGGUGCUACUUCCUGUUUUGCUGUCCUACUUUGGACCCUAUCCCGAGGUGUGCCCGGUCGAUGGGCGGAGCCGGCUGCCCACCCCCUCCCCGGAGCCACCCCCCCACGUUGUGCGCUUCCCUGUGCGUCCCAACCGGACAGCCGGAGGGGGCGGGACGGGCUCCGAUUCCUCUGAUUCGGAGUACAGCUCCAACACCACAGCUUCUGGGAUCAGCGAGGAGCUACAGCAGUAUACGCUCAGGACCAGCAGGGGGCGGCCCGGGGAAAACCCCGCCCCCUAUCCCACCUCCACUUCCGUCCACUUGGACCACAGGCAGCAGCAACAGCAGCAACAGCAGCUCCGGCCCCACCCCCCUGGUCACCACCAGGAGGCGGGAUCUCAGGCGCCAUGGCGACACAGUAGCAGGGACUCAAAGAGGGAGGCUGGGAGGGCCAGCCGCCAGCAGCAGCCUCCACCUCACCGGCCGCGCAUGGACGCUUUUGAAACUGCUACUGAUGCCGGUAGCCAUUUUGGCUCCGGCAGCCAUUCUGGGUCCAGCGGCCAUUCUGGCUCUGGAAGCCAUUCCGGCUCUGGCGGCCAUCCUGGCUCCAGCAGCCGCAACCCUCACAGCUCCCACAACCCCACCUUCACUGCUGCUGCGGGCCCUGUCUACUGUCAGCCCAUCACCACGGUGACGGCCUCCGCCUCGGUGACGGUCGCCGUCCACUCCUCCCUCCCCGCCCACAGCCCUGCCUACGCACCCUUCCCCUCGUCCAGCGGCCACCGCCGCUCCGACCCCUCAGACCCUAACCCCCACUUCCAGGACCCUCACGUGCCUUUUGAGAAUCGCUGCACUACCAGCGACUGCCAGCAGGAGGCAAUGGAGCUACAGGACAUUGAGUGUGACACUCAAAGCGACUGCGACAGGAGGCGACCUGUCAGCUGAGUUCGUGAAUACUGAAGCACAGAGGCCAAAGAUGGGGGGCAGUCCUCCUCGUCCGGCAGCAGGGGGCGCUGCGGGGGGGCAGAGGAAGCAGUGGCACUGGGCAGAACGCUCGACAUUUACUGUAACUUAGUGUACCAUUGUGUUAGAUAUUUCUAUAAGUAUUUAAAAGAUAUACACUUAUGUAAAUACGAAAAGAGAAAAAAAAGUAGCUAUAAUUCUAGGAGCUGUACAACUCCUGUAUGAGAGUCUGGGGAUAUCAUUGCGUGUGUGUGUGUGUGUGCGCAUGCGUGCGUGGUACGUGUGUGUGUGUGUGUAUGUGUGUGUGAACUCUGUAAUUACUGUUCAUUCAUCUGUUUAUCUGUGCCAUGAGGAAGCUUCAUCUACAGACACACUUCAGCAUGCACGCAUGGUUGCUGCUUAAAUAUUGUUUAAUGUACAUGUAUAAUACUAUGCAAAUAUUGCUUGUAUGUUAGAAGACUGUGCGAGCUUGAGAAAGAGGCUGUGUGUGUGUGCGUGUGUGUGUGCACGUGCGUGCGUGUGUGUGCGUGUGUGUGUGUGUGUGUGCUGGAGCUACGGACUGUAAUGUGGAUUGGGUUCGAUGUAGAGAAUUCAGGACAGUUGAAAAUCCCUUCCGUAUCUGCUGUGUCUGUGAAAUUGCCAGUAUAUUCCCAUUUAGCACUGACACAGUGGAACCAUAUUCCAUUCUAAUGACAAACCUCAAGCUUGUAUGUACUAGUUUCUUUUUUUCUGUUUUCUUUGUGGGCGGGGUGUGCUAAAUAUGGGGGGAUUUGGCGUUCUUUGCGGAAUCAUUGCAAGUUCUCGCGGACUAUUUCUUAAACUAAACACAUCUUGUGGAUGUGGAAACAGGAUUUAGGAGGGUGGGGUUGAGACAACCCUCUGCCUGGCUCCAGUGUGUGUGUGAGUUUGCAUGUAUGUGUGUGUGAGUGUGUGUGUGUGUGUGUGUGUGUGUGUGCCUGUGCGUGCAUGCAUGUUCCUUAAGAGGAUGUGAAGGUACGCAUCUUUGUAUUUUAAUUUGCAUAUCACAGAUCUGUGGUAGUUACUGUUUUAACUUUGACACACGCUAUGCGUGAUACUUAAAACGAGCAGAUAUGAAGAAAAGCAUGUUCAUUUUUGUGACCCUUACUCUGUUAGCUCUUGUUCCUGUUAACUCCCUCGUUUCUUUCCUUUGUUUCCUUGUUUUCGUUUUGUUGUUAAUUUACUGCAAGGCCCUAAGUGCACAACCUGACUGUCCCAGCGAAACACUGCCAAUCUCUGUCCUCCUCUACUGUGAUGUCAUAAUGGUCUGUUUUGUGUCAUAAUGCCUUAGGACAAGGACAAGGGCUCCGCUGCCAUUGUAACAAACUAGCUCUUAUGUAUUUUUUCUGGUUUUAUAAAGUGCAGGGCCUUCAAAAGUCCAGCUCUUUUUUUGGCCUCGAAUCGACUUGCCUGUUGGGAGAACAGCUAUGGAAUUCAUUUUAAGACUUUAAAAAAAAAAAAAACGAAAGAUGAAUGUGUGUGGCGUUAAAAAGCCGCUUCUCAGCCGCAGUCAUAAAAGGUGCUUCUUUCCCACCCCGAUUGUUUUUAAUAAUGUAAUUUAUUUUCUAUUUUUGUUAUUCAUAAAUGCUGCCCAUUUUUCCUUGUGACGUUAAGUACUGUUUUAAAAAAAAAAAAAGUUAUAAGCUAAAGUCUUUUCUGACCCGGUGUGGUACUGACUGCAUUAUGUAUCGUGUUCAUAAGAAAUUUUGUCCUGGAGGCUGUACCCUCUCCUCCCUCCCCACCCCCCACCCCCACCCCCAACCCGUUUCGAUAAGCUACUAUGACAAGCGUGCUAAGGCUGACUUUUCCCCCCAUUCAGUGACAACCCAGACAACUGGCCUCAAUUUAGCGCCAGCGGCUCUCCGUUGACCUCACCCCAUAAAAAUGCACAACAUAACGCCAUGACGCUAAUUGGAAGCUCCCACUCAACUGCCAAAUGGUACGCUCUGGGGUCAGAGGUCACCGAGCCCCCCCGCCAGAGUGAGGCUGGUGUUUUUGUGUCAGUCACCCCUCUCCAGUGCCCCCCCUCCCCCCUCCCUUUCCUCUCAAUCUGACUUCCUGUCACCGCCCGUUUGUCCCCUUCUGUCCUCAAAACGUCUUUUGUUUUCUGUAAUUUCUCCCCUUUUUUUCCCCCCGACAUUUUUGUUUUUGUUUUGUUUUCGUUUUGUCGUUUGUGUUCAGUCUGCUGCUUCUGUGAAAAUGUGCAUUUUUUUUUUCUCCUGACAUCACAUUGACAGAAAGGAGAGAUCCAUGGCUGGCAACUAUUUUAAAUUUUUUGGGUUUUUUUUGUUUGUCUUAUUUUGUUUUUUUAAUAUUUUAUUAUUUUUUUACUUUGUUUUUUUUUGUGAUAUUUAUAUUUUUGUAUUAUAAGAUGUUUUUUUUUGUUUCUUACAUUAUUGGUCAUAAUGCCAGUUUAUAACAAAUGCAGGGAUUUUUACUUCUAUUGAAAAAAAACACUAUUACAGUUAUGUUAUUACUUUAAUGGAGUUUGAUCUGUAUAAAGUGCUUACUAAUGUUAAAUAGGAAAAGAGUAUAUAACAUUUCAUUACAGACUCAUCAUAGCUCUUAGUGAGGAUUUAAAAGGAGAAAAAUAUUCAGUAUGGUCCCACUGACUGCCAUUUUUUCUUGGUAGGAGUGGAUGUAUGUCAUUUCAGUUACAAAGAUAAAUGUAUGCCAUAUAAUUUAUUUAUAUGAAAAUUUAUUUUUGUAGUGUACAUAGUAGUUGUCAAGUUAUUUGACAGAAGUAUAUUUUUAAAGAGUUUAUAUGUAAUGAUACCAUUUUGUUGGAACACAACAGAGAAAAGGUUACGGUGUACACUUUCAUUGCUAACUUACUCUCAGACAAAAAAAAGUCCCCUACAGUAUUAUAGGAGAGUGAAAAUUCAUAAAGCUGUUUUGGGUUUGUGAAAGGCUAGCCAUGAAAGUAGAAAUUGUACUAGCUCUCUAAAUAUUAAUGUUCAAACACUGAUAGAAUUCUAACAAAUAAAAAUAUAACUUAUUUGUCUCUUGUUUAUAACUUUAAUAAAAAUGAAUCUUAAAGGAAGAA